UGCCAGGUGGCGAUUGGCUGAGAGUGGUCACGUGCGCGGGACGCGGCGCGGGGGCGGGCCGCGGUUGCCGGGGCGACACCGGUGGCGGCUGAGGGAAGAUUGGGACAGCUAUAUCAGCCAUGAGAAGUAGCAGCAGCCCUUAGCAAUGGGUGAUGUUUUAGCAUAUGAGGCCGAGUUACUUGGACUAGUGAAAGAGUAUUUGGAUUUUGCCGGAUUUCAAGAAACAGUGAAAGUAUUUAAAAAGGAAUGUAAAAUAAAAGGGAAGCCACUACCUAAACCAGCAGAUGUUUCAUCAGAAGAUUCAUUGCCUAUUCAGGAAGAAAUGCUUACAGCAUUUGAAGAUGGUGAUCAGAAAGUUUUCUUCCAGCUCUGGGAGGAGCAUAUUUUGUCUUCAGUCCAUGACAGUGAUCCAGCUGCUCAGAACCUGGAGUUCUAUCUCCACAUCUACUUUGCCACCUUCCUCUUGAAACAAACUAUGGGAAAGCCAGACAAAGCUGAACUUGAUGAAAGGAUUUCUUAUUUCAAGGCAUACCUGGAAACAAAAGGAGCUGCACUGAGCCAGACUACAGAGUUUCUUCCCUUCUAUGCUUUGCCGUUUGUUCCAAACCCCAUGGUACAUCCUUCCUUUAAAGAACUUUUCCAGGAUUCUUGGACACUGGAUUUAAGGACAAGAUUGGAAACAUUCCUGUCUCUGGCUCUCAAGGCCAGACAGACUCCUCGGCUUCUCACUAUAUUUAAGGAAAGUGGACAGUGCAACAAAGAAAUGAUGCAACAUCUUCAUCAGCAGUUAGUGAAGCGUGAGCACAGGUACAUGACCAACCUGAAACGAUUGCGCAAGUUGCAGAUGGACUACCGUGGUCUCCUUGAAGUCACUGCAGAGCUGGUGGAUUCUUUGGAGGCCACAGUCACUGGCAAGAUGAUUACACCAGAGUAUAUUCAAAGUGUUUGUGCUUGCUUGUUUAGCAAUCAUUUGAAACAAACUGUAGCACACAACAUUGACUUCACAAGGCCUGGAACUGGAUAUUACUCUAUGAGCCCUUGUGAUGACGGAUAUGCUUCCACACUGUUAAGAGCAUCUUUAUCCUCUAUGAAGGUGCAGGAUGUGCCAUUGCUGCCCUCUCUGGAUUAUGAGAAGCUGAAGAAAGAUUUGAUCACAGGGAGUGAUCGUCUCAAGGCCCUCUUACUGCAGGCUCUGCGCUGGCGCUUGACAACAUCAUAUCCUGGAGAACAGAGAGACACCAUCAUGCAAGCCUACAUCAGUAAUGACCUCCUGGAUUGCCACAGCAACUGUCAGAGAAGUGUCCUCCAAUUAUUAUAUUCUAAGAGUGAGGUAGUCAGACAGUAUAUGGCAAGGCUCAUCAAUGCUUUUGCUUCACUGAUAGAAGGUCGUGCCUACCUUUCUCAGAAUCCAACAUUGCUGCAAAUGCUGGAGGACAGACUGAAAGCUGAAGACAAGGAUUCCCUUACAUGGGAGAAUGUUCUGGGGGCUCUGCAGAAAUUCAGCCUCAGGCGCACACUGCAGUCAGCAAUGAUCAAAGAUGGGCUCAUUUUCUGGCUGGUUGAUGUUCUAAUAGACCCAGACUGCCUGUCUGAUUACAACCUGGAGUAUUGUGCUGCCUUGCUCAUGAAUCUCUGUCUGAGGAGUGCAGGGAAGAAAAUAUGUGCAAGUAUCCCAAACCCCAUGCUCAGAGUUCUUUCUGGUCUUCUUGACCAUGAGAAUCCUAAGGUCCAGUCAUAUGUGAAUGGAGUACUGUACAGUAUUCUGGCCAUCCCUUCUGUUCGAGAAGAAGCCAAAGAAAUGGGAAUGGAAGAGAUUCUGCGCUGCCUUAUCAAGGAAAGAAAUGAAGAGAUGAUUCGACAGAUGGAAUUUGUUAUCAAGCAACUCAAUUCAGAAGAGCCAUACAAUGAUAGUAUUGUGUCUGAUGAUGAUGAGGAAGAGGAGUAUGAGGAAGAGGACAAUGACAUCCUGGAGCCUGAUCUGGACAAAGAUGAGGUUUUGCUGCCUCAGCUGGGGGAGCUUUCAGGAGAGAAGCUGCUAACAACGGAGUACUUGGGAAUAAUGACUCACACUCCAAAAACUAAGAAGAAGCAAUUUGCUGGUGUCCAUCAGAGUACAGAUGAGCCUCUCCAGAGACCUGUGACACCAGGUUAUCACAGAACUGCAUAUCUAAUGCCAGAAAACAGUUCCAUUUCCUGUCACGACAGGGAUGAGAAGCUGCAGUCUCCAGCGAGUGGUGCUUCUUCCACUUGUGGUGGGAGACAGUCCAGCAUUUCUGACUUCUGCAUUUCCCCCUCAUCAGUAGAAAUGAAGUCAUCUGAAGUAUUUGCAUCAGGCCAUAGAAUGGACCAACACAUCCCAGCUGGUGAUACCUUAUCUUCUCAAUCUGCUGACUUCACUGAGGACAAAGUAAAUGGUCCAUCACACAGUGACUUUGCCCUGGCCUUCACCAGCAAACCCAAGAUCCCACGCACUCCUGACGGGCAGAGCAGCAGCCCUAGAAAGGGAAAGGUCCCAGGCAUUGCCCCCCAGUUCUCUCAGUCUGGACCCCAACAAUCAAGCCAUCCAAGCUCCUCAGGAUCUACAAGGAGUAGACAGAGCAGCCAGUCCUGCAGGAAGUGAGAACAGUUCCUUUCCUCGAGAAUCACCUGUCACAUUGCUGAAGGACAGAGCCAGCUUCCUGUAAUGAGCUUUACUGGUGACCUACAGAGGAGAGUGAGGCUGUUGGCACUGCAGACCUUGCACAGGGACUGGGGAUUAUCUGAUGGGAUGUGUCUGUGGGCUCUAAAACUGGCUAAGACAAGGGCCUUGUUAUUAGAAUUUGAUGUCUCAGCAGCAGCCCAGGACUGACACAGGAGCUGGAUAUUUUCUGAUAGUUUACUCUAAAGUGACAUUGCCACCUUGAGAAGAAACUCUUGCUCUCUGCCUUCUGUGUCAGUGUAAAUGGUCUUUGGAAACAGAAGGUAGGCUCAGCCCAGGAGUCUUACCAUGAAACUGUAUUAUUUACUUAUUGCUUGCUGAAGCAGCCUGCCAAUUGCUUUUUUAAAUUUUGCCUGUGUGACUGGGUUGGGAGGUGUCUGUGUUCAAAGGGCCUGCAUGAAGAGGGACAGUGUCCACCACAUGUGCGGAGCCCUCCAGCCUAGAGCAGCCCUGUGUGGGGUGAGAUCUUCCUGACCCUGAAGAGGAGGAAUUUUAUCAAUUUCUGGUUGACCUGUAGCAGAUGAAAAACACUGUUACAGUGCCCAAGGCACCAUCCAUGCUCACCUCUGAGGUCUUUAGCUGCAGCAUUUACUCCUAUGACUUCUUUCUGCAUUUUUUUGUUAAUUCUACUGUUUAACAUCUGUGGAAUGAAAAAUCUCUUUUUUUUUCCUCCCUGGAAUGAAGAGCUUUGCUUCUUCAUUCAUAGAAGAAACCAUGAGAACAGAUCAGAAGCAACUUUCUCUUUACAUGUAACUGUGCUCCAUCUUCUUUGGUGUUUGUUGGCUUUUUUAUGUUCUUCACUUCAGAGCAAUGACUCUUUAUGUCUUUGUGGAAUUUGUGCUGGUCUUUGGUGCAUGUGAAUUACAAAGCUAGUGCUGUUUGUUGUUCUUUCUCUCAACAGUAACAGUGACCAGGAAACACUGAAGCCUUCACUGGGGGUUGGCUUUUCAGUUACACCCCUUGAUGUGACAGCUGCUAGGACACAUAAAUGCAGUUUACACUGGGACUUGGCUGCUGCUGAGGCAGAGAUGUACAAAAAGCUGACAAUGUAUUUGCCAUACUCAGACUUCAGAAACAAAUGUUUGAUUGAGUAUGAAAACAGGGAAGGUAAAGCUUUGGUUUUGGAGAGCAAACAAGUGGAACACAGCCUGCAAGGUAAAGCAACUGAUGUAAUGACAGUGCCUUCCCCUAAAGUAAAGAGUUGUAAAGCCAUUUCUGUAGAGCCAGAAGAAAGCUUUGUGCUUCCAACAAGACAUUGAAUUGGGCCUCUUGCUCUGUGGUGGCAACUGAAGAGCCAAGGCCACUGAUGUUGUUGCUUCAGGCCCACUGAGAUCAGUGAUGCUGUGUCAAAUGUUUGCAGAAAGGGCUCCCACACACAAGCUCCAGAUUGACUUUGGAUAGACUUUAAAUCAGAAUGGGGGUGUUUUGUAGAAGACCUCCUGUGGCUUAAAAUCCAGUCAAUUCAUGUGGAAGUUACAACUGACUACUCAGUAACACCAAGAAGGCAGAGUUUGGGUAUUGCUUUAGCUGCCAAAGUACCCCGGACAUGAAGUGACUACAGGCACUUGCUUGCCUCUGUCACCGGUCCCCAUGCCAGACAAAGGAGUCACAGACAAUCUCUGACUUGUGCUUAGAGUAAUCUGCCUCCUCUCAGAGUUGAUAAACACAACUAAUGGGGAAAUGUCCUCUGGUUCACAAAAAGGCAGUAAUGGAAAACAGUCAUAAAAGUUCACCUCUGGCUUUCCAGGGUAGGCAGAAUUUCCUCUGAAAUUCUGGUUUUUUUCCAGCACUGUAGCAUCAACAGCCAAGUUGUGAAUGAAGUGCUAAGCAGUUCAUUUGCAUACAUGAAUAACAGAAUGCUCCAGUAGCUGCGUUUUAUUUAUCUUACAGCAGUGCUGUUUCAUGUUGGAUCUAUGCUAUGUUCAUGCUACAUCUGAUUGUGUAAGAUGGAGAGCAGCUUUUGAAAAGUGUUGAGAGCAGACUAAUUUUUUUUUUUUUUUUUUUGGGUGGGGAACAGCAACCCCAAAACCUCACCGAUUCUAUGAAUUGAGGUAAAACUUCACCACCCCUUGCCAGACGCCCCAGGGUGGUUGGUAGGUGUGGCAGCUGCUCCAGCAGAUCAAGACUCAUGAAAACCAUCUUGCUGAGUUGGACUGAAAGGAACCAACUGAAGUGUGUGUGCUUGAGUGUUUCUUGCUCAGGCCUGUUGCACUGCAGAACUCUAUAUGAAUAUUUUCCCAUGUUCUCUUAGCUGCGUGAGUAGGGAGUUUGAAAUCCAAGACUAUUUUUAUAUUAAUGCAUGAGAAUCCUAAUUUUCCAAAUACCUGAGAGAAACUAUGGAUGUGCUUGGAGAUAAGUUAUCAGCUGGGCAGUAAUUUCAGAGGCUGAGGAAGUAACAUGUCCUCCUUUCCUCUGUCUUCACAAAAAAGCCCCUGUGAUGGCAAUCAGGAGAUUUGAAGCUAAUAAAAAAUGUCAAUUCUGCCUUUGUUCAUAGAGCUGCACUCUUUGGGGUGGAAAGGUCCCUGAAUGGAGGUCAGUAGCACACACAUAGCAAAUUCAGCACCUCACUCUGAAAAGUUGUUGGGUGUCUUUUGCAUGUGCCAUGAAGAGGUAGCUGCUAGAUUCAACACCUUCGUGAGGAAUUCAUACCAGGAGCAGUGGAAAUUGCUGCCCCUGUGGGAGGGGUGUGAUUGCAAUUAGAGUGGCUGUAAUUUUUUUCACAAAAAGCAAAUAAAAUUAUUGCAAACAACACACGGAUCUGCAAGGGAAGUUUUUCCGGGACCAAAGUCCUAAGUGGUGCUACCUUGCCUUUUGGAUGGAACUACUGUAUAUUCAGUGUCAUUUUGUUUAUGCAGAGAGUUAUUUGAGUAUGUUUAAGGCUGCUGAAUUUUGCAUAGAGGGCUCAUUCUGUAUGUCUUUCCAUGACUAAAUAAAAAUGCUCCUAAAGGGUU